AUGGCAAACGCUCUGCCUAAUGUCGUUUCGACAUUUGAGAAAUCUUUGAAUGCCUUUAAGACAAAGGCUGGACUCAGCCCGGACGAGCUGAAGGUUUUCCAGCUAACGUCUCUUGACGAUCUCAGGCGCCAAAUAGCGAUUAUACAGGAUGAUCAGCGCAAGAGCAAAAAGAUGCGAUACCUGAAGCGGCUCGGACCAUUUCUGGAUACCAUGGAACAGUAUGGCAAGAUCGUAGAAGUGUUCCUAAAUAUCUCCGAUAUCAUAGCGUUUAUUUGGGGGCCUAUGAAGUUUCUCCUCAUGGUAGCGAAGAAUUACGCAGACGCUUUCAACGCUCUGCUUGACGCGUACUUGGAAAUCGGCGAAAAUUUACCGCAGUUUACCCAAUAUCAAACAGUAUUCCAGAGCAACUCUCACAUGCAACUUGCACUAGCAUAUAUCUACGAAGACAUUCUAGAGUUCCACAAGGAAGCUUUACGGUACUUCCGUCAACGUACAUGGAAAGAACUCUUUCAUGCGACAUGGCGCUCUUUUAGUAAUACUGUGACCCACCUCAGCAAGAAUUUACAUCGACACAAAUCUCUUAUUGAGAGUCAAGCUACGAUUGUCCAGUUCGAAGCAUUACAAGAUUUACGGACACAGUCACAGAGGAAUUAUGAAGAGUACAAUCGGUCAGAACUCGACCGGAAGCGAUUAAGCGUACAGCAAUGGCUUUGUCCCAUCAACGCGCAAACCAGACAUGAAGAUGCUACGAAAAAUCGUUACGGUGAUAGUGGAGACUGGCUUCUCAAAGAUCCAAGGUUUAAGAAAUGGUAUGACUUUGACUAUUGCCACGAACCAUUGUUAUGGCUUUCUGGUAUCCCCGGCGCUGGUAAAACUGUACUUACUUCACGUGUGAUUGAUGAAUGCCGCAAACUACCACACGCAAAACUCUGCUUCUUCUACUGCCGGAAUACCGACGAAACUCGGAAUGCGUUCGUGAGUAUUGCAAGGACAAUGUGCUCUCAGCUCAUGUCUGGAAAUGACAUGAUUGUACAACUAUUGUACGACCGCGCAGCGAAGAGUAGCGAUGUAGUGCUAUCAAGUGUUAGCACAGCAAAAGCUUUGCUGGAUACUGUAUUACAAACUUGUGACAAAACGCAGAAAACGUACAUCAUCAUUGAUGGCUUGGACGAAUACAAUCGUGAAGAUCGCAAGGAGAUGACCACCUGGUUUAGGGAACUAGUCCGGAACGUUCCGUCGAAAGAGCUUGGCCAGCUCCGGUGUCUUUUCAUCAGCCAAGACGAUGGAUAUGCCCGCAAAGAUCUCUCGGAUUGCUCCGCUAUCAGACUAAAGCCGGAAGAGACACGGAGGGAUAUCCAAGCAUAUUGCCAAAUGUGGCAUCAACGCCUAGACCAAAAGUUCGGGCCCCUUGACCCGAAGCAAUAUAACAUCUCCGAGAUAGUUACGGCAAGAGCACAAGGUAUGUUUCUCUACGCGAAGCUGGUCACAGAAAACCUUUACGAGCAGCCAACUCGGAGCCAAUUUCUGCUUGAGAUGCGACCUGAUGUGUUCCCUAGUGGAUUAGAACAGGCAUACAGUCGAAUUAUCAACCGGAUCAUGGGCCCGGCCAUGCAACCGCACCCUCGUAGCGACCAUGCUAAGAGACUGCUCGGAUGGCUGGCAUGUGCGAAGCGCACAUUACAGUGGUUUGAGAUUCAGUGCGCUGUGUCUGUCAACCUCGAGGAAGGCAUCCUGAGUUCGGAUCUGAAGUUCCAAGAUAACUGCAAGGAUCUGUGUGCAUCACUUGUUGAACUUAGUUCCGAAGGAUUUGUAGUGCUUGUGCAUUCCACAGCGAAGAAGUUUCUCAUGGAAAAGGGGCACAUCUGCGUUCCCGAGGUAGAUUUUGAUUUAGCACUCCUUUGCAUGACCUAUAUGAGCUUCGACCAGUUCGUCUUGAACACGGACGAAGGUAACAUCCAGAAAGCGUUAUACGAAGGCGACUACGCUUUUGCGGAUUACGCCUCCUGCUUCUGGGCACAUCACCUCAUCGACGGCGUCCGCAAGGUGUCUCAGCUUACUUCACGUAAAUUGGAACACUUGGUCGAGGCCAUCGGCGUUUUCUUAGACGUCCAAUGGGCAUCCCCGACAAAGAGACUCACGGUAUCCAAAACCAUGGAAGAAAAUCUUGCGGCGUUGACAUCAUACGACAUGUAUGACAGUAUUUGCCAAGCUGUAAUCUCUACCAAAAACCAGCUACUACCCACUGGAAAGGGCCCUUCUGAUGAUGAGCCUCUAUCCAUAGCGAAAGUCAUGGAGGCGAUCCGAACACAAUUAGAAGCUAUAGUAUCAUCACCGAGCAUCACUACCGUACAAGAAGAUCAGCUGAAACGUCUUUAUGGCUCCAACUACUACAAGUGCCGUCGACUAAAUUGCCAAUUCUACUCAAGAGGGUUCCCGACACAUAUCCAGCGAGACCGUCAUAUUUCCAAGCACGAAAGAUCGUUUGUCUGUACGGAAGAAGGGUGCCCGCAGGCCGUCAUAGGGUGUGUAACGGCGAAGGACCUCCAGAAACACAUGGAAGAAUAUCACGGCACGGUAGUUGAAGCGGAUGCAGACUAUCCGGAGGAAGUGCCUGAAGUAGAGGCUGAUUCUCGUCACACUCAAAAGCAACCUACCACAUUCGAUUGUAGUUUGUGCUCGAGAAGUUUCACAAGAGCCUACAAUCUACACGCGCAUCUCCGCACACACACAAACGAAAAACCCUUUGUCUGUACUAUGUGUGGAAAGUCCUUUGUUCGGCAAAAUGAUCGCUUGCGCCACGAAGGUAUCCAUUUAGGUAAAGGAAAAUACGCAUGUUAUGGGAACCUGAAGAAUGGCAAUCCUUGGGGUUGUGGCCGUCCCUUUGCUCGUAUUAGCGGACUACGAUCGCACUUCAGGUGUGACCCAGGCCGUGCCUGUAUCCGACCUCUCUUGGAGGAACAAUGGAGAGAGGAAGGCUAUACACAAGACCAGUGGCCAGAGGAAACGGCCGCUAGACCUUCAGAUGCGACUAUCGAUGCAAUAGUGCAAGCUUCAGAUUCUCAGGCCACGUUCCAAUAUGAUGAUGAUGGGAACCCAACGGAGCAUUCCCUUCCAGAAGCUCUACUAGCUCAAUACCCAGCGCUCGCGGACGUACAGUGGGACCAAUUGCCGCCAGACCCGGAAGAAGAAUCUUAUUAG